AUGCUGGAUCUCUUGACCGGCAAGGUGGCGGAGGCCGCAUGGGCGAGACGGCGGCAAGCAGACCGACGCGCCGAAGAACGAAACAAGCAGGCGCGUGGCCAAGAGCCGGCUGGGGCGAGCAACCAGGGCGGCGCGCGGAGGGCCCUGGGAGAGCCGGCCCCAAGCGGGCGACAGCAGGACCGAGGCGGCAGGGGCCAAAGCGGCAGGGACCAAAGCGGCCGGCAUCUGGAGAGGGACCACAGUGGCCGAGACAAGCACGCAAGAGGCAAAGAAGCCCUACGGGCUAAAAAGGCACGUCUGCUGGCAGACGAGACCGUCAAGAGCAGGUGGACGAGAUCUGGCCAGGGAGAUAACCGAGACCGCACCCGACUCGAUCAUUUCGCCGAAUCCCAGGACCCGAUUCGCAGGUAUGAGCAUACUCGUGAGCUUCGACGCAAGAAACCUACGGAGAAGGUCAAGAUCUGGGACAUGCGGGCGCGGCACACUCAACCUGCGCCAUGUCAACUCUGCCAGGACACUGAGUUCAUUUGCAAGGGCGACUGGCUCGAGCACGUGAACAAGGAGCACGGGGGGGAACAGAGGUACCGCAAUGCCCUCUUCGCCCUCGAGUCGCUGCGCCCGCACAAGACCACCGGCCAGGAGAUGAGACUCAUCAUCAGCAACUCCACGGAAGAGAUGACGGCGCAGGCCAACUCGGACGAAGGAUUGCCUCGUGACCAGAGGUGGGACCCCAGGUGCAUGAAGGCGUGCGUCUUCUGCGCGCGACGCCAGUGGUCCGAAGACGUCCAGCAAGUGUACCUGGCUGGGCCAGAGUGUUUCAUGCAGACUCUAGAGGCCGUGGCCGCGCUGUUCGGUCCGGAGAAGUACCACGAGGUCUGGAACCUCAUCCCGAAGGAAGAGCUUCUCGCGUCCGCGGUGAACAUGAGGCUCGGAGACUCGCAGGAGCGCAGGCUCGUGCUCCUCCACAAGCGCCGAGUCAAUGAUGCGCAAGCCAGCGGGCACGAGAAAGCGAACGUCUGCCAGGAGUGUCUCGACAACUUCAAGAAGAAGGCCCCCGCGAUGUGCAAGUACGCCCUGGCGAACCACAUGAUGAUUGGCCGCUGGCCCCCGAGGUUCCGAGACACGACGCUGGCUCACGAGAUGCUGCUCGCCCUGACGCGGGCGGUCGCCACCGAGGUUGUGCUGCGGCCAGACCACCGCUCCAAGGCUGAGACUGCCGGCUCUCAGACCGCACGCUCCUGGGACUUCCUCUUCCACCAGUCUGGCUUCACGGGGUGCGCUGUGCUGUUCGGGAACGCCUCGUGCACCGAGGCCUUGACGCGGUUCCCAACCCCUGACAUGGGAAGGUCUUUCGCCGCCAGUUUCACGGGGCCGCCCUCCCAGGGCGACGAGCGCCCUGACGAGGCCCAGCGCAGGGGCCGCGCCCGCGUCAGCCGCAUCGCUGAGCUCCAGAUCGAGAAGUCCGUGUUCGACGCCCAGGCGGCCUACCUUCGGAAGACCAACGUCGCAUACGCCGAGACCACCUACGACGCCGACCUGGUAGCUCAGUGGUGCCCAGCGGGCGAUGAGAAGCGGGUGCCGCCCCCGAUCUCGGACUCCGCCGUGGAAGUCCCCAUGGAAAUCGACGACCCGGGCGCGGUGAUGUCCAGCGGGCCCGGGGGCGCCACGGCGGCGAGGCAUGCCGACAGGAUCGACGAGGACGUCGCCCUCGAGCGCCAGUCCAGAGUGGUGGCCGCCUUCCACCCCGAUGACAUCCCCGGCGCCAAAGCUCACGAGAGCUGUAUGCAGAUCACAGGCCUGCAGCACCAGCUGGAAGAGCUCGACGCCGCCGCUGCGCGAUCGGUGGCGGCGGAGGCGGAGUCCAUCCUGGAGUCGCAGUUGGACGGCAAUGACUCCUGCCUCCAGGACGAGGCCGGCCAAGAGCGCAUACUUGAGCAAUGCGCCAAGGUUCGGGAGCUCGCGCAGAAAGCCACGAGCGAGCAGUCGCAACACAAAAUGCUCGCAGAGCUGCAGUGGCUUCUCAGCGGCGUCGAUUAUCAGGCUGCUCCGCCCGUGGCGCCCAGCACGUCGCAACCUUCCGACGCCGUCGCCGCGUCCGCCUCGACCACUGUGCCUCACCUGCAGGUCGCGCGGGGCAGCAGGCCAUCUUCUCUGUUAAACUGGGAAGCCAUGACGCAGGCUCGACCCACUCUCCGGCACUACGGAGACGGAACUUUUGGCGAUCCGCAGCGAGCCUGCCCUCCGUACGUCCCGCUUCUCCCCGUGGAAUGGAUCACGUGCCUGCUCAUGCGCGAGGAGCUGGAGUACACGCUGGACGGUGAAAACGACGAGUACAGGGUGGGCCCGAAUCUUCUGUCCAGCCGUUUCGCCUCAGAUUGGCUCGUCCUUCAUCUGUUAUCCUCCAUCUACUGGCUCACGGAGCGCCACACAUCGCAGUACGCCUUCCUGAAGAGCGGCGGCACGAAAUUCGCCGAGCAGCUCCUGAAGUUGAUGUCGGAAGAAAUCGCCGCCGCCGCCCGCUUGCAGCAUGCCCGGGGCGGCCGUAUUCAUGGGCUUUGUAACUUGGCAUCCGAUCAGGAGUUUCCUCGCAACCUCUCAGCCGCCAUGAGCGCCUUAUUGAUGGGCCAUGCCGACGCCAUGGGCACGGACGGGCACCGCCGACUGCGCCGGCACGAGGGCAAUGCCUACAUGACCCUGUUCGGCGAGCCUGUCGUGUUCUGCACUCCCAACCUUGCGGACACGAAGCAGCCGCUGCUCCUCACCCUGCCGAAGUACCGAGACACGAUGAAGAGGCUUGCCGCAGACCCAGUGGGUCAGACGCUCGCGUUCGACAAGAUGAUGAAGCUGUUCUUCAUGCACAUACUGGGAGCACGACCAGAACUCCUGGGAAAUCGGCGUCGCGCGAGGCCCUCUGCCGAUCAGUGCACGGACGGCGUUGCGGCUUCUUCUUUCGGGCCGGGCAUCUUCGGCCCCGCGCUUGCUUUCCGCGGGGAGAUCGAAGCGCAAGGCAGGGGCUCUCUACAUCCGCACAUCCUUGUGUGGUUACUUGGCAUAAGACCAGCGGACGCAUUGCGAAUGCUGCAGAAAGACCCUGGCUCCAUGCAGACCCGCCUGGCGACCUGGAUGACGAAGCGCGUGUCGUCCAUGCAGUCCACUUGCCAGAGUUCCGUGAUGAGAGCGCCCCAGAGGUUUGGCCACCUCGACCAGGUCGCGGAACCGCUCCCGUUUUCCAAGACAGAGCGAAGUUUGACCAGGUAUGACGGCGGCAGCGAGAUCGACGCCAUGCGCGACGAUCUUCAACGAGACAGCGCGGAACCAACGGAGGAGCAGAGUCGUCUCUUCGAGGACGCGGCCGAAAAGGCAGCGUGGAACAGACCUGAGUUGCCCCUCAAAGCCAAGUCGGCCACGCAGUCGAGCGCGGCAGGGGACGGCAAGCCGAAGCCCGGAUCCACGAACUCCAAGGUCGUCUCCGAGUUUGCCGUAUUCAAGUGUCCUCACCAUCGCAGGCGCGGUGCGCUUCAUCGCCGCGGCGAUCUCAGUGCCGGCGCGCAGAGCCCGCACUCGUGGGAGCAGGCUUUUACGGAGGACGCGAGGUCCUUGGCUGAGGAGAUCCUGGUGCACGUGUGCGGGGAGAGCUGCUUCAAGUACAGCGGCGUCAAGGUUCAGAAAAUAUGCAGGCAUGGCUAUUACUACAUCAUCAGCCUACCAGACUGGCAGAGACGACGGCAAAGGAAGCCUCUCCGCAACGCAGUCGUCGUCGUGGGCCAAUCUGAGCAUGGCAUGACAGGCAGACUGCUUUUGCUCCAGGAGCACCCUUUCGAGUGCCUCACCAACUACGCCAGGCUCGAUUGCAUGCGAUGCAACCUGGGCGUGCAGGAUCUGCUGGAACUCCCGCACCAUGGCAAUCAGCCAACUCUCGGGCACAUGAACGACUACGAUUGGGUAGAGAAUGACUACUUGCCGAGGCGUUCUCUCGAGAAGGGCAAUCUUCCCGCUGGGCCUCGCGCAUUCACGGAGGAGUUUACUCCUGAUGAGUGGAGAGCCAUACUCCUGGAGUGCAUGCGGUCGGACGAUGCAACAGUCGCCCAGGACGAUGAGCUCGCGACAGUCAUGGAGAGGGAGUCCACGGCCGCGAUGUGCGACGGCAUCAACACGGGUUUCUACAUCAAUGCGUACACCACCAAGCAGCUGCCGGACAUGCAGGGGACCCUCGAGGAGCUACGCAAGGGGAUCGAGCGUCUGGAGCCGAGGCGGGAGGAAACGCCGGAGGCCACCAACAAGACGCAGAGCCACGAUGCAGAGGGGCGCGCUGCUUCCGGAGCUCCCGGGCGAGGCCCCAACAAGUUUUGGCAAGUCCUGCAGACUCUGAACACUAUGUCGUCUGCCUUCAAGCGGCGCCAUCACAGGAGCAUGAGCGAGAUACCGAUGCCAAUCACGUUCAACACCAUGACGUACUUCUCCCAUCGUUGCUGGAAGGUGUUCAUCAAGAGGGCCGUCUUUCUCGCAGCGCAGACGUGGCGGAACAAGUUCGGCCAGGCUGCGCGUCGCAAACACACCAAGGACGGCGGCGGGGUUGGUCUGAGGUAUCUCACCAAAGACAAGCAGUCUCAUCCGCUCGUGGGAUGGGAGCGCGUGCGUCUGGACGGCGGCGCGGAGCUCUACCGGCACCCAGAUGGCACCGAGUUCGGGGACCUCCAGACUGCCUGCGACUACGACGUGGCCGCGAAGAGCCAGAACUCGUCGGGGUCUUACAAGGACGAGCGCAAAGUAGCGCUGACUGCGCUGCAGCGCUUCUUGAACGAGGCAGAGGCGGAGACGACGGAGGACAAG